GUCACAUGUGAUUUAUCCAUUACCGUAUUAUUCCCUGCGACGGAAAUCCAGAAGCGUAAUCAUGUCGGAGCGUAAAGUUCUAAAUAAAUAUUAUCCCCCGGAUUUUGAUCCAUCUAAGAUCCCGAAAUUAAAACUUCCUAAAGACCGUCAGUAUGUGGUGCGUCUAAUGGCUCCAUUCAACAUGAGGUGUAAAACAUGUGGAGAGUAUAUAUAUAAAGGAAAAAAAUUUAAUGCCAGGAAGGAAACAGUGCAAAAUGAACAAUACUUGGGACUCCCCAUCUUUCGUUUUUAUAUCAAAUGUACACGAUGCUUAGCUGAAAUUACAUUUAAGACAGAUCCAGAAAAUACUGACUAUGCUAUGGAACAUGGAGCUACACGGAACUUCCAAGCAGAAAAGCUCAUUGAGGAGGAAGAAAAGCGGUUUCAGAAGGAUCGUGAAGAAGAGGAGCUAAAUAAUCCCAUGAAGGUUCUUGAAAACAGGACGAAGGACUCCAAAAUGGAAAUGGAUAUCUUGGAGAAUUUACAAGAAUUGAAGGAGCUGAACCAGCGUCAGGCUAAUGUGGACUUUGAGUCUAUGAUAGGUGUCUACAGAGAGACAGAAGAUGAAAUGAAGAGGAGGGAGGUGGAGGAAGAUGAGAGGCAGAUCAGGGAAAUGUUGGCUGAGGCUCAGAAGAGGCAGCUAGUUGAAGACUCUGACUCUGAAGAAGAGAUGUCAUCUGAUGUACCUAAGGCAGCUGUGGACAUGAAACCAACUGAUAUCUUGACUAAGAGCUUGUACCCCAACAAGAAGCACUGUGGUGAAAAAUCAGACAACAAUCACAGUAAGCCUAAGAGCCGUAGUCUACUUUCUGGACUUGUAAGGAAGAAAGGUCCUGAAACCAUAGUGAAUUGUGUGGCCAGUGUUAGCCAAGAUACUGUCAAGACUACAACGAAAACAGAGUCCAACCAGGCUCAUGUCACUGGUAGCACACAUAUGAGGGAAUGUGAGAAAGCUUCUAAUAGCACAGGGAACAGCAAAAGUGUUACUUCAGGUACAGGAGCAUCUUCUUUGUCUUUGUUGGGUGCAUAUUCUGACAGUGAAAACAGCGAGUAAAGAAGACGACAAAGAAAAGUUAACUGGAAAAUAUCUAGGAACAAGUGGUAGAUUUAUUCAAAGCCUGUAGAAGGGAAACUGAAUGCAGAUGCCCACAGCAACCAAUCAUAUUACUGAUUUCAUAUAUUCUCAUCUGCCCUUUAAAAAUAUCUGAAUUUUGAUUGGUGACUGUGCAUCUAAUCCAUCUUUUUUUUUUUGUGCAGGUUUUCAUCUUCCUUUGUGUGCUCUAAUUAUCCCGUGAGUGAGGCUUCUUUUGGUGUUUUAUCUAAUAACAUUCAGUUUUAUUUUUCAAGUCUUUCUUUGAAAAUGUAAAAUGUACAUUUUUAACAUAGCAGUACCCACGCAAAGUAUCCAUAUCCUAGUCCUGAAGAAAAACCUAACUAACCAUUGUAAUAAACAUAUUAUUCAGUUGUU